AGUGGUUUGCGUUGGUUGUUGGUUUGUGAUGCGAUUUUGCAUUUGCUUGCUUAUUUGGCACCGGGUAAUGAAAUUAGUAAAAUUAUAAUCAGAACCGGUAGUUUCUUUCAAUGAUGUAUUAAAAACACAAUGUAUUGAUGUUACUUACCUUCGAGUUCAAAUAGAAAUCGCAUUUGCGUUCUGAAAAUGGAGUACCAUUUUAACGAUCUGUGUAUGCCAACCGAUCAUCUUUUAACAGACCCAUACGCAGCUGAAUACACUCAGCAGUACAUCAUGCCGUCACAGGAAGGGGAGUAUGAAGUGCGGAGCACUAUACUGGUGGACGGUGGAGACAGGUUUGGUGUCUCCGCUGUGCAGUUUGACAAGUUUGAAGAGCUCAUCUGGAUGGGGAAUCAAGGGGGCCACGUGACAUCCUACUAUGGCCCAGCCAUGCAGAAAUACACCUCCUUCCAAGUCCACGAGUCGGAAGAAGUGAGGGAUAUACUGACGAUGGAGAAUGGUAUUUAUGCGCUGACGAAAACGUCGCUGCGCCAUCAGAUACGGAGAGGCAUUCCGAAACACACUCACAGAUCGCGCAACAUGACGGACAUGCAGUGCCUCUACCAGGUGAAUUCUACCAAGCUAAUGAUGGGUGGACAUCAGGACAAGUUGAUAGAUUUGGACCUUACCAAGCUGGUGGAAACUGUUAUUCCGAUACCAGAAGAAGGCUGCGCCGUCCUUCGCGGUGGCGGGAGCUCCCUAGUCGCCUGCGGCAGCGCCAGCGGCUCCGUGAGCCUCCGCGACCUGCGGAGCCCUACGACAGCGCAGCACACGUUCCGGGCGCACUCCGCCUGCCUCUCCGACUUGGACAUGCAGGGCGACCUUCUCAUCACGUGCGGUUUCCAGUCAGUAAACGGCGUAGCAGUGGCGGAGCCCUACGUGAUCGUGUGGGACGUGCGGCGCCUGCGCGGCGGCGCGGCCACGUCGGCCGCGUGGUCGUGCGCCACGGCGGCGCCGCCGCUGCUGCUGCACUACCUGCCCGCCUUCUCCGGCCGGGCCGUCGCGCUGUCCGGGGACGGACACGUCACGCUACUCCAUGUUAACGCUAGUGAUGACAACCACUCCGUUUUCCAGGUGGACACCCAAUCCUCCCUCUGCAGCGUGAUGGACGUGUCAGCAACCAGCCAAGCUCUAGUCUUCGGCGACCAAGCUGGACAUUUGCAUCUGUUCUCACCCCAGCACAAUCACGAGCCAGUGUUCAACAAUUUCUCCAGAGCCACCGAGUUCGCCGACGCCCCUCCGAACCUCCCCUUCGCGGGUCCAACAGACUCCACGUUCCAGUUCUCGUCCGUGCCCCUCCCCGCGCUAGCCGCCGGCCCGAGGUGGUUCAACGAACUACCCCCAGCCUUCUUUAGAAAGGGAUACAGGAAACCAAAACCGAUAGACCCAGAGGUCCUCAACACCAUGAAAAUGCAGGGUCCGAUCGGCUACGCUCCAAACCCUAGAUCUUUCAAAAGAAACCAGAUGCCCUACAUAGAGGACACUCUAGAAGACCUGUUCGCUGCCAAAGUGACAGAAAACAAAUUCACGAACCAACCCGUGCCCAAGCACUAUCAAAAGACUGAUGGCCGUUACAACAAGCAAGACAGUGAAACAAGCAACAAGCCCGGCCUCCCUGGAUUGGAAGCCAUUUUACCCAAUUCGUACUGCAACUCUAUGCUUCAGGUUUUGUACUACACCCCGGCUGUGAAGGCAACGUUGCUGGCUCAUACUUGCGCUAAGGAGUUCUGUCUCAGCUGCGAAUUAGGGUUCCUGUUCCGAAUGCUUGACUCAUCCGGCGGCGCAGCAUGCCAGGCGGCAAAUUUUCUACGAGCGUUCCGCACCGUGCCUGAGGCUGCUGCUUUAGGUCUUAUACUUCCCGAUCGUCAGGACUCGCAGGAUUUGCAGGCUUUGAUACAGAGUUGGAACCGUUUCAUACUACACCAAAUGCACUACGAAAUCCUGGAAACGCGAAAGAAAGAAAAGGAGAUGGCCCUACUAGCCAACAGUUCGCCCCCCAAAAUAAGGGGUAGCGUGCCAGCUCCCAUCGUAGCACCCUCUACACAAGUGAACGGAUAUCCGGAAGAAUACCAGUACGCAGAGCUAGAGUUUCUCGGGCCCAGCACGGAGUUUGAAGACGGCGAGCCGAGAGAAGACGGUUGGCAUAACUUGAGUCAGGAAGAAGCCUUAUUUGGACCUGUGGAAUACUCAGUUUCUCCAGACACUCAACUCAACAAGGUGAACGACGAGCUACCAAACCAGCAAGUGGACAGAGAAGAGUCGGAUAUAUCGCAAUUGUUCGCUAUCGGCCGACACCAGCUCAACCGGUGCUUGAAGUGCAAUAAGGAGGUAAUAUUAUGUGGGAAAUGUAUUCUACCUCAUAUAGUUUACAUCUACCAAGUGUCUUUAGACUCUCAAAUCAGUGAGGAUGAGCUACCAAACCAGCAAGUGGACAGAGAAGAGUCGGAUAUAUCGGAACUGUUCGCUAUCGGCCGACACCAGCUCAACCGGUGCUUGAAGUGCAAUAAGGAGGAGGAGCGCUCAUCCGUCGUGCUAGCCUGCGCCCUGCAGUACCCGAUGGGCUCCGCGUCGGCGCGCGGCUUCGCUGAGCUGGUCCGCGCCUCGCUCGCGCCGCGCCGCGCCACGCCCGCCUGGUGCGAGCAGUGCGCCCGCUUCACGCCCACGCAGCAACAGGGCAGGGUUAUACGAUUACCGCCGAUAUUGGCAAUAAACUGUGGCGGUGUCACUGCCCACGAGAAAGCUUACUGGGCUAAAGGCACACCGAAGGAGACGCCGGACUCAACGAAACGCGGUAGCAGCGGCAAGCCGUGCCGCUACGGCAUGCAUUGUGCGAGGCCGGGCUGCCGGUUCAAACACCCUGACAGACCGAGUCCGUCCCAAGGUUCUUCCAAGAGCCCCGACUCUCACUGCGUGUUGCCGCACCAGCUGCUGAUCAGGUUGCAGUCGGACGGCGACGUCAUUAUCAAUGAUAAGGUACGUCUGUAUAAGUGUUCAGACCGAGUCCGUCCCAAGGUUCAUAAACACAAGAAGAAGCAAGUGACGACCAUUUCAGAAGAAGAAUACAACUUGUCAGCUGCCGUUAUAUGCGUUGAAGACAACCCCAAGAACCUGGUCGCUUACGUACAGAUAGGGGAAGAGUGGAACAUGUUCAACGACGUCAGCAUAACCCCGGUGUCAGCGUCCGAAGUGGUCCAAUUCAGCGCGUGGUGGAAAACGCCCUGCGUGCUCUUCUACUCGUCGGCGAGCCUCAAGCAGGAGGAGUCAUAGCCGGCCGAGUAUGGACCUUAUGGCGACGAGGCUAUAGGUCCAUACAACAUGAACGAAAUGUUCUACCAAGUCAUCGCCGAAGGACAUUACAGUAUGUACAACGAGUCGUAGCGGAUAAUGAAUCCUAAUGCAAAGUGGUAAGGAGCAAAUUCGAACAAAAUCAAGUGAAACAUUUAAAUUAUGAAGAAAUUUUAGAUUAAGUGUAAAUUAUUUUAGUGUGAUCGUGGUAAAACUUUUGUUUCUUUUAUAAAUAAAUAUUGAAGAUGUUUUCUCAUCAAAUUUG